CUGGCUGUGUUAUCCUCUGGACAAAUUACUCAACCGUGAAGGCGAAACUGCUCAGUGCUAGAAGUAAAUCUACACCGGACAGGGGAGAGGAAAUCAGCAUAUAUCCUGUCCUGUCCUGAGUCACGGCAUCUAAGAAAAAACCCGCCCUGAUAGGAUGAUUUGAAUGGGGGAAAUAUUUUGACAACGCGUCCAAAGAUGACUGAGGACGACUUUACAGAGGACUUUGUGCAAUUAAGCCCUGAAUCGAGGAACUACAAAGGAAUAGCCAUCUCCCUGCUGGUCAUAGUGGCGGUUUGCUCCCUCAUCACAAUGUCUGUCUUUGUUCUCACACCAGUGGAACUUCCUGGUGCGGCUAACUCCAGACUUACUGUGCUGGACCUGUUCAAGCCAGAGUUCUCGGUGCACGAUCCUGAGGCCAGGUGGAUAAGUGAUUCAGAGGUUUUGUACAGGAACAGAGACGGCCACGUCAUCAAGUUCAACUUUGCUUUAAACGAAACAGAAAUGAUCCUGAGAAAUAGCACGUUUGUGUCUUUCAAAGUUGCCAAAUAUUCUCUCUCUCCAGACAUGAAAUAUGUGCUAUUUGCUUACGAAGUGAAACAGGUGUAUAGACAUUCCUAUACGGCAGCUUACAUUGUUUACAACAGCCACACAAGGGAGGUGUGGGAGUUGAAUCCUCCGGAGGUCCAGAAUGCAGUGCUCCAGCAUGCAGCGUGGGGUGUGAAGGGACAGCAGCUGAUCUACAUCUUUGAAAACAACAUCUAUUACCAAUCAGAUGUGCAGAGCAAUUCUCUUAGGAUUACUUCGUCGGGAGAGGAAGGAGUCGUAUUUAAUGGAAUCGCUGACUGGCUGUAUGAAGAGGAGAUUCUGCAGUCACACAUAGCACACUGGUGGUCACCUGACGGAGAGAGACUGGCCUUCCUCAUGAUCAACGAUACCCUGGUACCUACCAUGUUCCUGCCCCGGUUCACUGGCAGCCCCUACCCCAGGUCACAGGAGUACCCAUACCCCAAGGCUGGCCAGCCCAACCCUACAGUCAGGCUGUUGGUGGUGAACCUGUACGGUCCCACACACACUCAGGAGCUGGUACCACCUGAUGGCCUGAGAGGAAGAGAACACUAUGUGAGUAUGGUGAAGUGGAUCAGCAACACCCAUGCAGCGGUUCGAUGGCUCAACCGGCCCCAGAACGUGUCCUUCCUCACUGUGUGCGACGCCACCGUCGGAUCCUGUGUACAGAAACAUGAGGAAGCUUCAGAUCUCUGGCUCACCAGACAGAACCAGAAGCCAGUGUUUUCAAAGGACAGGAGCAGGUUUUUCCUGACCAUACCGGUGAAGCAGGGGGGACAAGGAGACUUCCAUCAUAUUGCCAUGUUCACCAAAUCGUUCAGAAGUGAUCAAAAUGAUGUCCGUCACUUGACGUCAGGCAACUGGGAGGUGACCAAGAUAUUAGCUUAUGAUGAGGGGGAGCAAACCAUAUAUUUUAUCAGUACUCAAGACUCCCCACAAAAGAGACACGUGUACAGUGCAUCUACUAUUGGUCUGUUCUCUCAACGAUGUUUGACCUGUGAGGUGAACCAGGAAGCAUGCGCGUUCUUUGAUGCAGACAUCAGCCCGAACAAACAGCAUGUUAUUCUACAGUGUAAAGGUCCAGGUGCUCCAUCUGUGAUGCUGCAGAGUUUUAACGAUGGAAACACUUACUUUAUAUUGGACAACAACAUGCCUCUGAGAGCUGCCUUGGAAAUGAAAAAGAUCUCGAAGUCAGAUGUCAGGGUUAUUCCAAGUGAAGACUUUGAGCUGCCUUUGAAACUCACCUAUCCCCUUGACUUUUCUGAAUCUCUUCUCUAUGGCCUUCUUUUGAUUGUUGACGGUGGGCCUGGCAGUCAGUCGGUGAGUGAUGAGUAUGAGCUGGGUUGGGACUCGGUGCUGGUAAGUUGUGAUGAGGUGAUCGUGGCCAGGCUGGACGGCAGGGGGACAGGCUUCCGGGGUCUGAAAGUCCUGCAGCAGGUCCACCAGCGCCUGGGUACCGUGGAUGUUCAGGACCAGAUAGCUGCACUGGAAUACUUGAUGACACUCCCAUACAUUGACCGCGCUCGGAUCGGAAUCUACGGAAAGGGAUACGGUGCUUACCUCACCUUGAUGCUUCUGAGGUCCACUGCGCUGAUUAAGUGUGCAGCUGCUAAUUCUCCAGUGGUUGACUGGAAACUUUACGCUUCAGCAUUUUCAGAGCGAUACUUUGGCCUGACGUCAAAGAACGACAACAGAUAUCAAGUUUCUAAAGUACUUCCAAAUAUGAAAGGGUUGCAAGGAAACAUGAUGAAAGGACCGCAAGGACCAGAUUUUCUGUUGAUUCAUGGAACCGCUGAUGCAAAUGUUCAUUUCCAACAUUCAGCAGAGUUGAUUAAGCACUUGAUCAAAAUUGGAGCGAACUACACAAUGCAGCUCUACCCAGACGAGGGCCACUUCCUGUCCCUGCAGAGCCAGAAGCACCUGUCGGAGUCCCUGGUUGGCUACUUCAGAACAUGUUUUCAGGACUUCAGCACACUGCUACCUGAGGAGAUAGGCAAAGAGGAUGAUGACUGACAGGGUUGGGGUUAGACGAUGACUGACAGGUUUAGGGAUAGAUGAUGACUGACAGGGCUAGGUUUAGAUGGUGACUGACAGGAGGACGUGCAGGCGGGCCGUGUGUGGAUCUGGGAUCGCUAUGUUGAAGCAGUACAAUGACUGCUCUGCCCUCGCGAGAGGGAUGUUUGCUGUUGAUUAGGUGUCCAAUGUAGGCAAGACAUAUAGUUGAAGUUGGAAGUUGACAUACACUUAUGUUGGAGUCAUUAAAACUCGUUUUUCAACCACUACACACAUUUCUUGUUAAUUAACAAACUAAGUUUUGGCAAGUCGGUUAAGACAUCUACUUUGUGAAUGACACAAGUAAUUUUUCCAACAAUUGUUUACAGACAGAUUAUUUCACUUAAAAUUCACUGUAUCACAAAUCUAGUGGGUCAGAAGUUUACAUACACUAAGUUGACUGUGCCUUUAAUAAACAGCUUGUAAAAUUCCAGAAAAUGAUGUCAUGCUUUGGAAGCUUCUGAUAGGCUAAUUGACAUCAUUUGAGUCAGUUGGAGGUGUACCUGUGAAUGUAUUUCAAGGCCUACCUUCAAACUCAGUGCCUCUUUGCUUGACAUCAUAGGAAAAUCUAAAGACAUCAGCCAAGACCUCAGAAGAAAAAUUGUAGACGUCCACAAGUCUAGUUCAUCCUUGGGAGCAAUUUCCAAACGCCUGAAGGUACCACGUUUAUCUGUACAAACAAUAGUAGGCAAGUAUAAACACCAUGGGACCACACAGCCGUCAUACCGCUCAGGAAGGAGACACGUUCUGUCUCCGAGAGAUGAACGUACAUUGGUGCGAAAUGUGCAAAUCAAUCCCAGAACAACAGCAAAGGACCUUGUGAAGAUGCUGGAGGAAACAGGUACAAAAGUAUCUAUAUCCACAGUAAAAUGAGUCAUAUAUCGACAUAACCUGAAAGGACGCUCAGCAAGGAAGAAGCCACUGCUCCAAAACCACCAUAAAUUAGCCAGACUAUGGUUUGCAACUGCACAUGGGGACAAAGAUCGUACUUUUUGGAGAAAUGUCCUCUGGUCUGAUGAAACAAAAAUAGAACUGUUUGGCCAUAAUGAACAUCGUUAUGUUUGAGGAAAAAGGGGGAUGCUUGCAAGCCGAAGAACACCAUCCCAAACGUGAAGCACGGGGGUGACAUCAUCAUGUUGUGGGGGUGCUUUGCUGCAGGAGGGACUGGUGCACUUCACAAAAUAGAUGGCAUCAUGAGGCAAGAAAAUGAUGUGGAUAUAUUGACCCAACAUCUCAAGACAUCAGUCAAGAGGUUAAUGCUUGGUCGUAAAUGGGUCUUCAAAAUGGACAAUGACCCCAAGCAUACUUCCAAAUUUGUGGCAAAAUGGCUUAAGGACAACAAAGUCAAGGUAUUGGAGUGGCCAUCACAAAGCCCUGACCUCAAUCCUAUUGAUAAUUUGUGGGCAGAACUGAAAAAGUGUGUGCGAGUAAGGAGGCCUACAAACCUGACUCAGUUACACCAGCACUAUCAGGAGGUAUGGGCCAAAAUUCACCCAACUUAUUGUGGGAAGCUUGUGGAAGGCUACCCAAAAUGUUUGACCCAAGUUAAACAAUUUAAAGGCAAUGCUACCAAAUACUAAUUGAGUGUAUGUAAACUUCUGACCCACUGGGAACGUGAUGAAAGAAAUAAAAGCUGAAAUAAAUCAUUCUCUCUACUAUUAUUCUGACAUUUCACAUUUUUAAAAUAAAGUGGUGAUCCUAACUGACCUAAGACAGGGAAUUUUUACUAGGAUUAAAUGUCAGGAAUUGUGAAAAAAUGAGUUUAAAUGUAUUUGGCUGAGGUGUAUGUAAACUUCCGACUUCAACUGUAGCUGAUGUGGGGUAAUGUGAUGUGUGUGUGUGUGUUUGGUUUGUGUGUGUGUGUGCGUGCGUGCGUGCGUGCUUGCAACAUACAGGACUACAGAUCAUGGAGGCUUUCUAUUUGUAGAAUAACGCAGUGGUUGGACAAAAUCUGAGGGUUAAAUGUCAUUUUUGUUUGACAUUUUUUUAAAUUCCACUCAGUGAUACACUGGUUUCUCCCUCCACAGCUUUUACCAUCAGCUGUAUCGUCAUACUGUGAAAAGCAUACUUUUGUUGAAGCCCACGUUUAUCCACAUUAUUCUAAUUGUAAUAAGCAUGAACACAACUCUACCGCUUUCCGUCUGUCUUAUCCCAUUCUUGUAUGUGCUCUAAUAAUGUGUACAUUUUACUUUCAGUUACUGACAUGCACAUAUAUAUACACAUAUUAGGUGAUGUUACGUAGGACAUAACACCAUGGAUUAUUUGAUAAAGUGCUAUUUUUCAUGUCUUAUGAUAUGCUGUUUUCAGCUGUACGUUUACAGUAUACAGUGUGUAUAUUUUUGAGAUAUGUGUCGCAGGGGUUGUUGAUCUUUAAGAAUAUUGUACGAGUUUACAGUCUUUGUUUUUACUGGGGUUUGUUACACUUCAGAUGAGUAGCCAUUGUCUUUGGAUUGAUUGAACAAUAAAGAAGUUU